GAUGUAUUCAGAUAAAGAAGUACCUGUGUGCUUAUCAGCAAGGACAGAACUUAUUAUCAUACAUGUAAAAAUUCAUUCUGAGAUUUCACUUCUGAGCCCGAGUGCCCUCUUUGUCUGGUCCUUAUGAUAUAAUAGGAUAUUGAAACUACAUAUCCAUUAUGCAGUAUGAUAGCGCAUCUCCGUCUUACAGUAAGGACAGUUCUGCUGCUGUAAUGCCGGAGAUAUUCUUCUUCGAACGAGAUAUCGAGAAAAGAGGGUUGCUGAAUGAGAGGAGCAGUGUCGAGUGCCAAUAUACCAGUACCAUCCGCUCCAUCUGCUGGCUUGAAGGGCCACGAAGGAUGGAGCCUCAGAGAUCUGUUGACCCUGGACAGUUCAGCGCUACUCAUGUUCCUGCUCCCCCCAAGGAAUUGUCAAAGCAAGCAGCUGCACGCAGGAACUGCCGCGUGACUUUCGAAGAUUCCGAGUCCGGGAACUAUAUCAACUGCAAAGUUCGCCUCACUUUGGAUCCUCAGAAUCCUAACAUAAUACUCAGUGUUGGUCUUCAGACUGAUGCUAGUCCCCGUGCACGGUUGACGUUCACCGUUGACAACAGCACCAUCAAGAUGGGGGUCGAAGCGCCCAACGACGCUCUUUGCGAAGCCAUUCAGGAGACUCGCGAAAGGAUCCCGCGGCUAUUUGAGGGUAUCGUCACUGCCUGGGUGUAUCUAGUUGAGUUACGCGGUCCUCCUCUCCAGACCGGAGAGUACUGGAGACUCGAAAGUCAGGAAAGGGAGAGAUGGGAUGCGUUGUGUAGACGAGCAAGUCAAUGCCGUCAAAUGGUCAUCUGCGAAAGAUGGAUGCCCACAUACAAAUACACUCGGGAUAUCCAUUCCUGGUUCACUACCGCGACAUCAGCUAUAUCCGACCCGUCUCGUCCAGUCAUUCCGCUGUCCAGAUCGCCAUUGCAAACUGCUCCUGAUAGACAGGCAGUUCACCUAGCGCCACUUGGAGCGUAUAAGCGUGAAGAGCAAAGGCCCCCAUUAGCUAUGAAACGUUCUCGCAGUCGCUCUCCUGUUCUGGGUCGUGGGGUCUGGCCUCCGAGGUCCGAGCACGAUCCUCGCAGCCAUGGAUCUCGUGGGGCGGGCUCGUUUUACCGCCGCCGUUCAAACAGUCCUACUCGACGCCCCAGGGGUUAUCGCGACCGUCCUGAGACUAUCCGGCAAAGUGAUGUGAAUGACCAGGCAUCGGGCUAUGACUUAGAGAAUGAUGUAUUGGAGAAGGAGAGAAAUCUGGCCCUGAUCGACCGACGGAUCGCUGAAAUUGAACUCGCAGCAGCAAGGAGGCGACUCGAAAGACGCUAAGAGAGAGCACGCGAUUCGGUGGAUGAAGAUGGACAGUGGAUGGGGUGAAAAUGACCUUGGCUAGCUGCCACUGAAUUAUGGCUACGAGCUACGUAUUGUCUUUUCUUUGACAGUUCAGGUCCACGAUCCGCUUGUAUUUGUCGCCGGUGAAAGCAGGCAUGAAGAGAGCGAUAUAUCCUUACAACGAUAAAGUUAGAGACAAAUGCUGGGUACAUAGAUCAAAUGUAACAGUCGAUAAUAAGGGCUUAAGCUCAAUUAAUAAUUCUUUUUAAUAUCAAAGGAUAGCAAUAUUGCUUUCCUAUAGUAAACUUAGAAAUUAGUAUGACGCCUUCCUCAUGUGGUGGCCGUGUAGUUGUCUACAGC